CAUCACGAGGUGCAGCCGGAGCAUGCCGCUAUCUCGGCACGACAUUUGGUUACUGUGUACCUGGCUGUGGAUGUGAGAAGGCUGAACGUCAGUCUUCUUCGGUGGUUUCGGGAAGGUGUAGCGGCGGCGCUGGGCGUUCCUGUGGGGCACGUCCACAUCAACCAGCUGAAUGAGGAGAAGAAUGGCAUCGAGCUGUUUGUGUCCUCCGAUAGGCUGGGGAUCUCCGAGCCCCGCCCCGCCGAGGAGGUCAUCCAAUCACUGAACGUCAGGGUGCUUCAUCGCCACCUGGGACACUUUGGCAUCACCGAGGUCUCCACUGAGAAAAACGUCCUUCAGGGCGAGCAGAGGGACCACGUGUGGAGCAGAGAAGACUUUUAUGCUGUCGUCCUCUUCUUCACUGUAUUCGUCAUCGUCAUCACCUGCUUGAUGGUUUUGUACCGACUGAAGGAGAAGGUGCAGGUUUCUGACAGACAGCUGAAAGCUCCGCCCCCUGACCUCCAUCUAACCCCGACAGGACCUCCAGACCCCGCCCAGAGGUCAAAGGGCACCAAGGUUAUCACGUGUGGAAGCAUGGUCCAAGCUGAGCUCCUGCCUGCUGUAGCCACACCCAUUCCCCAGCAACAGCCAAUCGCAGCCUGCCAUCGCCUCGGUCCACCUGUCGUCCCUCUGCCAAGCCCCGCCCCCACACCUGUACCAAUUAUUGGUAGCAAGAACCACACACCCCCACCCAGCGUGACCCCAGUUACAGCCAAUAACGAGCUGAAGCCCUGCCCCUCCCCCUUCAGGAUGAAACCAGCUGCAGGACUUCAAGAAAGACGUGGCUCUAAUGUCUCCCUGGUGUUGGACAUGUCUGCUCUCGGCGCUGUGGAGCCCCUUAACGUCGCCGUGGUAACCCCCAGGGAGGCAGCGGCCAGGGAGUACCUGCUGUCGGCUGGCCGGCCGCUCACCCGACAACAGCUGCGCGACAUCGUUAACAACACCCACAAGCUGCACGCCGAGUUUGCUGAAAUCCCAAUGAACUUCAUAGAUCCCAAGGAGCUGGAUAUUCCGAAUCAUGGGACCAAGAACAGAUAUAAGACCAUAUUGCCCAAUCAUCAUUCCAGAGUGAUCCUAAAGUCAAAGAGCUCCAACGACCUGCUGAGCACCUACAUCAAUGCUAACUACAUACGGGGUUACUUGGGGGACGAUAAGGCGUACAUCGCCACUCAGGGUCCUAUGGUGAACACGGUGAAUGACUUCUGGCAAAUGGCCUGGCAAGAGGAGUCACCAGUUAUUGUCAUGAUAACCAAACUGAAGGAGAAGAAUGAGAAGUGUGUUCUGUACUGGCCGGAGAAAAGAGGCAUCUAUGGGAAGGUAGAAGUGUUGGUGAACAGCAUCAGAGAGUGCGAACACUACACCACUCGCAGCCUCACGCUCAAGUGUGGGAACCAAACCCGCUCUUUGCAGCAUUACUGGUACACAUCAUGGCCUGACCACAAAACCCCGGACUCAGCACUGCCGCUGCUGCAGCUGAUGGCUGACGUGGAGACGGACAGACGGGCCGCCACCACCGUGGGACCAGUUAUCGUCCACUGCAGUGCUGGGAUUGGGCGAACGGGAUGCUUCAUCGCUACGACGAUAGGCUGCCGGCAGCUACAGCUGGAAGGAGUGGUGGAUGUACUGGGCAUCACCUGCCAGCUCCGAGCCGACAGAGGAGGUAUGAUCCAGACAGGUGAGCAGUAUGAGUUUGUCCAUCAUGCCUUGAGCCUAUAUGAAGCCCGUCUAUGUGCAGAAACUGGCCAGUGAGGUUUAUCCACCUGACAAAGGUACAAGUGUAAUCUGGAAGUGUGCUAAAACAGUCCUCUGCAGGUGUGAACUGUGGUUUGGGAAUUCUAAGUCUGGGAAAUUCUGGAGGAAGCCUUGGAAUUUGAUGGACAGCAUGGACAACCAAACAGGACUGUUCUGGGAAGAAUCUGCUCAAGGAAAAAGGAAAGGCAAAUUAUUAAGAAUGGAAUGUAUUUUUUCAUCUUUCCUUUUUCAUCAAACUCUGUGGACCCGCCCACUUCACUUCACUUAACUAACCGAUUGUUGGAUCGAGUUUUAACUAACCAGACUCUCCCAUAAUGUCUCUUUCGUCAUGGAGACUUAAAAACUUUAAUUUACUGAAACUGAUGGUACAUUGUUCAAUAACACUAAUGUGUUUGUGUCUUCUAGCAUUUUCAUUAUUUUGUAAUGUGGUGUUUUUAUAAAAAUGGCUACUGAAAAAUGACUGUUAGCUGCACCAUUGGUUAAACUAUUCUAGUACUGUUGAACCAACACUUACAGCCCUGUUUGUGACCUCAGCAUGCUGUUUAUUACUCUCUGAUUUAGUCACAGUGCACUUCCUACACUUAGGUUAAGACAAGGUUCAAAUGCUCCUUUUUUAACCUGUUAUUUAGUGGUGGGUUUUUUUUAAAUGUUUUUUCACAAUCUCAUUGACUUAUUAAACUAUUGCACAUCAAACUUCUCAGAGAUGCCAAACACACAAACUAGAUUGACAUCAAUAGGGCUAAUGCUAGGUUCAGAUACAUUAACAACUGACAUUGGUAGUUAUGUAAGCUAAUGGAUAGACAGCUAACAAAUUAAUUCUUUUAUCAACGGUUGCCCAUGGGGCAACAGCAACUCUUACAUUUUUGUUUCUUUAAGUUUCCCAGCUUUUGCUGAGGUCCCAAAUGGGGUUACCUUUAGCAACAUGCUAAAAGCUAACAAACCAGAUUGAUGCUAAUCUUCCGCUAAGCUAUAGUUCUUGUAGUACAGCAAAGCAAUUAGUGGCUAAUUAUAGCUCCAGUAGUUUUAUUGCUUUAAUGUUGAUAAAUAUAUACUAACCACUUAACUCAUGCUAUAACUAGUAGUGCAUUAUCCUAAUACAAUAUUUUUGUUUAACCAAUUAAAUCUAAUAUUUUGCUGCUAAGCUAAGCUUGUAUAGUGAUGUUAACAGUAGUUUAUGUAAUAUUCAUCAAGUACAGCUCCAGAGAAGUUCUGGCAGCAAUGCCAAGUCUAGGUAAUAUGGUAGCUGUAAUUUACAGUGCAAAAGAAAUAAUUAUUUUUCUUAACCACCUUUAUGUUCACACUUAGAAAGACCAAUGAAUAAUACAUUAAAUAAAUAAAUAAACAAAUGAAAAUACAUAGGGAAAUGGAAGAUGGUGGCUUACAAGGUAUCUCACAAGUAGUGUUUUUAAUUGUUAAAUUAAAGGUCAAAACUCAUAUAUUUGAUCUAUAAUUAAACCAGGUUGUGAUUGCUGAAGAGCACAGGGAGUGUAAAGGAACAAAAAAAAAAAACAUAUUUUAGCUUUGGCCCAGAAACACCUCCACUAUCCUCCCAGCAGUUUGCACCCUGCCUAAUUGAAGGGGAUUUGAUAUAGCUGCUUCAAGCUCUAUAUUUUUAUUUAAGGUCUUUGGUAGCUUCGCAUGAUUCACAGUUCAAAUGAACACAGAAGACUGUAGCAAAGGACAACAGAGGUCUUCUCUAAAAUGAGUGUUGCCAUUUUAGUUUGGCCUUCUAAAACAGGGUCAAAAAAUACAAGCCAUUCCUGAUGCCACAAAUACGAAAUUAGUGCUGCUCGGUCUCAGAGUUUACACUCCAUAUAGUUAACCUAGUCUAGCAUUGACAUGUUCCCUGUUGUGUGAUAUAUUGCUUUAUACCAAAAAUGUGAAAUAUGGUGCAGUCAUCACAUCGAUGUGCUGUUGUAAAUUAUGUUAUCUAGUGAGGAUGUUAUUUGGUGUAUCAAAGUAAUAAUAACUUUAUUUUUAUACAGUUUUUACAUGUUUUUGAUGUCUUUAGCAGUCCUCUGUCAGCUGUAGCUAUUUGGGCUACAUAUCUCAUUAUCAUUAAAUGUUCGACAUGAAUUAAAAAUUGGCUUUUGUUCUGUUGGAGACAGAAAAUCCAAGCUUGACACAACCUCAAACCUUAGUUUUGUUUAAGCCUCUCUCUGUGUUGGAGCCGUAAUUUCUAAAUUUCCUUAAAACAAAUUACAGCUAAAGAGAAUAAAGAAAAAGUAUCCACUCUGAUAUUUGUCAGCAAAUUAUUUUUUAAAGAGCCAAUAGACUAAUUACAUAUUUUUGAACACAAUGUGAAACAAAAAUAACAAUAUUGAGACAUCUAUUUCAGUUUUCUGUUAGAGAUCAGAGGUUUCAACACUAAUGUCAAUAAUAAAGAACACUGGCAUUAUCAUCUAAUAUUCUCUCUGUGUCAAUGGGAAAACCAUGUACAGUACAUGUUAAAGUGCUAUUAAACCCAAUGUGGGCAGUUAUCUUUUCAAAGUACACAUCACAAAAACACAUAUCUCGCUGCUAUAACUGGGAGCAUUGGGAUCAGACCGUUAAGGGAGAAUAAACAAGAGGAACUUUAAAGACUUUUUCUAUGUAACAAUAUAUUUUUAUUUACUUCUUUACUUAUGAUACAAUCAUGGGACUUCGGACCAGAGUCUCUUUGUCUGCACGUCCAACGUGCCUCCUGGGACCAUCAUCAACCCGCAGUUCACUUCAGCAAAUUCAGGAACUGGAUGACGAAUCCGGAUAUUUCAGUAGUGAAACAAUUUUCUCUGUUUGAACUGACUGAAGUGAAAGUGGGUUCAGCCCAGCCUCCAUGCCCUCUACAGCAGCGGGCACAACAACACACACUGCCUCUGACAUAGUAUUGUGUACAGUAGGAUGUGGUUCAUGUUCUGUACUUGUAUUGUUGUUGACUGUUGAUGGAGCUUAAAGGGACCCUAAAUAUUUAAAGAGUUAUUAUACUGUAAUCACAUCGUAUUGAAAACAAUCUAGAGUUCAUUUCAUUUUUUUGACAUGAAAUUUACAGCUUCUGGGCUCUUAGUGUUUAUUGUAGGAAUUCAACUUUCUGCUGAAGAUCUUAAAAUUUACUAUAAUUUUUUUUUUUUUUUGAACUCCGAUGCUAAUGUAUAGCCAUUUAGAGAAUGUUCUUCUGUCACUUCAUUAGAAACUGCUGCAAGCUUAAAUUUUAAUUUUUUGACUCAUAAUUAAUACAGAAACUACAGAGUGAAAUUUGCAAAUAAUGAUAAUAUAUAACAUUAAAUAAAUGCUAAUUUUUAGUUAAUAAAGAGAAGUUUUUGAGUCAUCGGCACUGGAUGAUUAUUCUGGCUGAUUCCAGGAAAUCAACAAUAGAAACUAUGAGGAUGUGGACCAAACAAAACUAAAACUUACAAUCAUUUAAUAGUGCUAAGGUGUGCAUUUACAAUCUUAUACAGGAGUCUAGCAUUGUCUUGUACUUUGAAAUUUUAAACUUAAUAUAAAGCUAAAUCAUAUACACCUGAAAAGCUGUUUACCAUUUUCACAUGCAUAGUUAACUAUGUUGGCACAGAGACUAUUUUUAAACUUGUGCUAGUAUAUGAAUCAGUUUCAGCACAUUAAUAAAUUAAGGCGGAUGCUUCUCAUCCGGCAUUGACAGCUGAGGUAAACAGCAGACAAACAGAUUACACAAUAGGGAAACUCUCCAAGCUGGAUCCAGUCCAGAGUCACUUUGUUAUCAGAGUACACUCUCUGCACAUCAAUGGUGGCAAGAGUUUUUGGGAUGCUUCUGGGGUAAAAAUGAAAAAUACUACAAAAUAUUUAAUUGACCAUAUCCAUUUGUUUUUCAUGAUUUAUUCAAUAAUGUCUAUUAUUCAAAUAUUGAAAUAUAGUGUGUCCAAAAAGUAUUUUUACACAAACAGUUUUUGAAACAUGCCAGCUGCCCGCAGGUAUUAUGGGUUACAGUCUAAAUUUAAUCAGUUUAAACUAGUGCUGUCAGCGUUAAUCUCGUUAAAAUGACGUUAACGCCAUGACCGCAUUAAUGCAGCAAAUCUAUGUUAGCGAGUUACCGCGGAUCGCCCUGUGCGUGGGGCUGGACAGCGUCAACACGUUAACGAGCUAACCGUGCUAAUGCGUUGACACCAUGCAGCCCCACACACGGAUGAUCCGCGCUAACUCGCUAAUGGAGA